UUUUUUUUUUUUUUGAAAAGGGAGUUGUAGAAUUUUUUUUAAAAAUUAGCAUAAACCCAGGAAUUAUUAAGUUACGUGUGGAUUUUUAAAAAAAUGUUCUUGUGCUAAAAUAUUAAUGUAGUGACAUAUUUUGACAAAAAUGAGCCAUUUUAUGCGUAUAUAAUAUCUUGGAAUAGUAAAAUACAACCCAAACAACUUUAGACAAGGUGUAAACUUACCAGUGUCUAUAUAUGUAUGUAGGCCUAGACAUAAAUAAUUGCGCUUUGUUAGCUAUAUUAUUUCUCUAGUUUUUAUUUUUUUUUAAUUUUGGAAUACGUCUCAAUCCCUGAAGCAUCUGGUGCAAAUCAAUAUAAAAAUCAUCUCCCAUCAAUACUUUCAGUACUUUGAUAUAUUUUGGUGGUCAUUUUGAUAUUAAUUUCGUGGGAACGAAUUUUAUUUCGUGGGAAUAAAUUCUUUAAAAAAAAAAAAUGUCUUCCAACUGUUCUAAACCAGCCUUACAUAACUUUUUGUAAAUGUCAAAAUAACAGAAAUUACACAGCUUUAGAAGAAGAAAAUCAAUAAUGAUAGGUUAACUAAAACCUAUAAACAAACCUAGCACGAACAGCCAAUGAAAUCGCGAGAUUCUUAUUUCACGUUGCGACACACGUUUUUUCCAUAAUGAUCAGAACGAAACGGAUAUUUUUCGAUGUAAGUCGGGAAAUAUUUGUUAGAGUUAAUUUAGUGAUUCUUUGUGAUUGAUAGUUGAUAAAAGAUUGUUCGCUCGAGGAUUUUUCAAACUUACGUUAUUGAUCAGGAGUUAGAUCUACGUACUGUCCCUAGGCGAGUGUCACUGAAGAGCACAACGAUGUUUUUUGAUAAUUGGAACUGUGAUUGAUAUGGAGGAUUGUUUUACCACUGAUUCUACCUAUGGAUCUCUAACUGGAAUGCAAUACAGUAGCAGCAGUUUCAGUAUGUCCCUUAGUGGCAGUGACACCUUUGAGGAUCACCCCUCUACCAGUGGCUGCAGUAGUGACAUGACACAUAAAGACAAACGUAAAGCUCGAGUCAAACAGUAUCUGCGGCAGCUGAAAGCUAUGGUGCCACCAAAAUCUGGAAGGAGGGGGAAAAUGGGGACUCUAGGUGCCCUACAGCAUGUGAUCGGGAGUCUCCAAAAGAUCCAAGAGGAUAAAGACAAAAGUAAUUUUGGCAAUUGUGAUGAGCUAAUGGCAGAAUUAGACAAUUCUGUCUUUGACAAAGAUAAUCAACUCAGUACAAAAGUUCUUAAGUCAGAGGAUGCAGUGCAGAUUGUACUAACAGUGAAUGAAUUCAAAGUCCUCAAGGUGUCAGAAAACAUCACCCAUGUGUUUGGAUAUCCAGCAAACAGCUGGAUCAAUAGAAGUAUUUCUCAUUUUGUCCACAAGAAAGACAUAGUGACUAUUAACAGCAGUCUGAAUGUAGACUCUGAAGAACAAGUACAACUGACUGAUCAUGAAGGUUCUGUGAAGAGCAGACAGUCAGAACAAGAGAAAUCCUUUCAAGUCAGAAAAAAAUUCUUCUUCAGAAUAAGGAACUACAAGGGUUUACAGCAGACAGGAUUCAGUUUAGUCAGGCCAGAUAGGUUUACCACAGUGCAGGCCAGUAUAGUAGUCAGCUUUGGACAGAAUGGUAGCAUUACAGAGUCCUUACCCUCCUCACCAACAUCAGGGGACACAGAAAGGACGGGAAGAAAGUGUAUCUACUUGGAAUGUGUCCCACUACAAUCACUUUAUAAUGUGGAAAAUGUACAGUUGGAAAACCAGACCUUUUAUUUGAGGCACACCAUGUACUGUAGUUACAGUUGUAUGCAUCCAAAUGCCAUUCCAUUGUUGGGGUACCUGCCACAAGACAUGAAUGGAAUGUCAAUAUUUGAUUUCUAUCACAAGGAUGACACUGAGACAUUGUACAAUAUAUAUAGAGAAAUUGUAGCACAUAAAGGAGCCACGUUUAAGAGUAAACCAAUACGCCUGAGAACAAGAAAUGGAGACUGGCUGACUGUGGAGACCGAGUGGUCCAGCUUUGCUAAUCCUUGGUCACACAGACUGGAGUUUAUCAUUGGUCAGCAUAAAGUGCUCAAACCACCAGCUGAUGGCAAUGUGUUCAGUGAAUCGAAUCGUCCUUUGAUUAUACCAGAACUAAGUGACCACCAGCAAAAUUUGCAACAUAAGAUUAGACAAAUGCUAUUACAGCCUGUAAAUGAGAAGAGCACGCCGAGUCUUCAAUCUAGAAUUCAUUCUUAUGACCAAGUAAUUUCAGAAGAACUAGAGAAAGCAAAAAAGAAAACCAAACAACAAACAGAAACAUAUGAAGACAGGAAUGCUGAAGUAUCUGAAUCUCUGCAAUCCACAGAAUCACAAAGAAUCGGUUGCCAUACCUUUUCUCAACAUGAAACAUGUGUGGCAUAUGAACAGCUGAAUUAUGCCAAUAAUAUAAAAAGAUACUUGAUGAGUCAGCAAAAAUCUUAUUCUUCAUCUUCAGAGAAGAAGGCAACAACAUCAGAGGAGGAAACGGACACACCUUGUACGAUUUCAACAACUACUGCAGAACCGACUGACUCAGAAUUUGAAGUUGACAUCUCUGUUCCAAAACCACCAAGCUUUGGCAGUAGCACAAAGGUGCUUCUGUCUGAGCAAGAACAGAGAGAAGAUAUAGCUAACAGUCCUACACAUCAAAUAGAGGAUAACACUGAAGAUGCUACUGCUUUUCCAGCAGUUGUUGUACAUCAACCGACCCUACCCACUUCUACUGGGGGAAGCCCUGACACUGUAAAAUUGUUGACACUGACCCAGGAUGCCUUGUUACGACACACAAAACGACAGGAAGAUCUCUUUGUGGCACAUGCUGAACAAGAGAGAUCCCCUAUCAUUCUGAAAUCUAAAGGGGGUGUUGUACUGCAAGAAAGAAAGAGAAGCCAUUCACCAGACAGGGAGAAGGGAUUGUACAGACCUAGCAAAGCCUCCAGGGGUAUCAGCAAUAUUCUUGUGCCACCAUUUCCUCUACCAGGUAUAGGGUAUACACAUUACAGACAGAGUAACAUUCCCAAAGGACAAGCAAGUCCCAGGUUUACACAGUCCUACAAGGAUAGGAACAUGAAUGGUGACCAGUAUACAUUGUCAUCGCCAGUAUGUAUCACCAAACCAUCACAGAGCAACAUGGGAAGUAGGGUGUCUCCGGCACCAGGAAAUGUAAUGUGGCCAUACUAUCCACAGACAGGAACAGGGGCAUCAUUUUAUCCUCAAGUGAUGGGAGGGUUUUAUCAGGAACCCAAUAGUACCACAGCCACUCUCAGUCUCAGUGUCCCUGGAACCAAGUCAGCUGUCAACACCAGUGGUACUACACUGAGGGGGACUGGUGGACAUAAUCUGCAGGUGUUACAGGGGCAUUGCCAAGGCCCUUUCCAUUUACCCACCAUCCCCACCUCCUCCAUCUGCUCUUCUGACAUGUCCAUCUACCACACGGACAGUGGCUCGUCCUACCUCUAUCUGUUGGACUCGGAUGACCAGAAUAGCUCGGGACAAGAGGUGGAGACCAAAAAUAAAAUUACUAAUAGUACUAAGCGGCAGUUGCAACCACCGUGGCUGGAAAAUCUUUGUUGGGGAAAGAAAAUGGCCAUGAAUUACCAAAUCCCUAAAAGGAAGAAAAAUCGGGUGUUAGAUUCUGAUAAAGCCUUCCUUGCAAAGUGUGAGGUUCCAAGUGCCCUUCUACAACAGAUGAUGGAUCUGCAGAGUGAUAUUGAUUUUGAUCAGGGAUCCCCUCCUGUUGAUGAGGAGUGUGAUUAUCUGUUCUAUUUGGAUGAUGAUGACAGUGAACAGUCAUUUAACAGUGACGGAAAAUUAAUCCCCCUACAGGAUAUACAUGAAUCUUUGUCUCGAUGUGAAAAUCACCAACAUGGUGUUGGGUGCUGUAUAGACUCCUGGAAGAAACCUAAACAAAGACCAAACACUGCUCUCAAAAGAAGUCCCAGAUUGAAACUGCUGGAAACACUGGAAGAAUCUAGUGACCAAAAUAUGGGUGUUCCAUUGGAUUCAGAAAAGACUCCAUUGCAGGAUGAUCGAGUUUCUUCAGAACAGGAAGAUGGAAUGGACUGUCAAACCUCUUUAGGAAGUCAAACAACUCCAGGAAGUCUAAUGCAUGUGGAUACACAAGAGCCUGUAGAUACUCAAGGACCUUUAGAUUCAUUUACAAUGGAUGUUGAAUCCAAUUCUUCUAAAUCAUCGAGUGACAUGACACCUAGUGAAGAAAGAAGUAGUGGUGAGGGUGGAAGCUCUCUGAAAGAAUCGGAUGCUAUAUCAUCUAAAGGAUCACUUGAUGAGGACAAAGACUCCUCCGAGUCGGAGGUUGAUAUGUGCAGUAGCACACAGAAAGACAGCUAUCACCAGUUCUUUGUUGUUGCUCCUAUUUUCUUUGUGAAUAAUUCUAAGACACCAUCCUGGUGUAUGGAUUGUGACAUGACUUCGAUUAUGGAAAUGAAAUAUACAAUGAUAGCAAAGGAGACUGAUAAAUGCCUGGAGGAGGACAGGCGACACAUCAGAAAUGUCGUCCAACCAGAUCUAGUCAAAAAACAAAUGGGCUUCAUGAUAGAGGAAUUGAAGUUGAGCCUAGAAUCUACAGAAAAAAAUUAUACUGAAUCAAAAAAAGCUGUGACUGGUAGUAAAGAAAGUGAGUGUUUUAUUGACACCUGUUCCGUAAGGAAACCAAUGUCUCAACAACAUUGCAAAGCCGGACAGUUGUUGACUGAUGAUGUGUUUGAUAGCUUGUUUGUGACAAUGUUUACUGAGGAUUUAGUGGCCAGUCAGAGACAAAAAUCACCAGAUAUAGAGGAUGUUUCCCACACACUGGAGGAAGUGGAUUAAGUUGUUUUUGAUUUAAAAAUUACAUGUUUUACUUCUGUGUAAUGAAUUGUGCCACAUAAACAUUUCUGUAUGUGAAUAGAAAUCAUGGAAAACAUACCACCCUUUCUUGUUUGUACGAAUUGUUGAAUGACAGUAAAGGGACAAAUUCAUUUGUCCUUUUAGAACUCGAAUAGAAAAUCAGAUUUUGCUGUAAUGUGAUAAAAUUUACUUUCGUAUAAAAGAAUUGUAAAUUACCAAGGCCUAGAUAUAAAUAUUGUUUGUUUGCCCUUUUCUGACUUGAAUUAUUAACAAUGAGCAGAUGGGAAUUUUAUAUUUUUUCUUUUAACUUUAAAUUCAGAUGUGAAUCAUUAGAUAUUAAAAAUUGUGUGAGUCUCUUGAAGUUGAAAAAAAUAAUUUCAAAUUAGUUUUGAAAAUUUUAUUUGAUGGUCAUCAAAACACAAAGAGAAAAUUAUCAAGAAAUUGUCAAUAUAUUUGUUAGAAUAGUGUUAAAACUUUUAAGAUUUAACAAAAAUGUGAAAUCGACACAUCAUAUUGAUAUGUGCUGCUUGAAGAUUGUUUAUUAUGCAAUCUGUGAAUAGUAGGGUAAUCAUAAAAAUGUGCAGUAAAGGUCAGAAAUAUAUGUGUAUAUUUUCAGCGAGUUUAAUAGUUUCAUGACUUGUACAGUUAUGUUGUUUUUGAAAACUAAUUACCACCAAUCAUUGGGUAUCUGUAUAAGAAAAUAGAUGAUGACUUGGAAGACACCUUUCUAUUCAAAUAUGUAGUCUAAUGUGACCAAAUUUUAAAGCAAAAGUGUGCUACCUUUCUUGUGGAUAUUUGUUGUAUAUGCAGGGUAAAUAAAUUUAGAAUGAUGGGUGAAAAAAAACCUGAAAGUGAAUUAUGUACCCAAGCGAGCAAUUGUAUCUUGAUAUUUUUCAUUUAUUGCACAAUUUGUAACUAUUGUUCAUGUUUGAUGAGUCCAUUUGUCAUAUUGUACAAAAUUUGUAUGGUAAAAGAUGGGUGUAAAUACAAUUCCUGAACUGGCACAAGGUACUGUUUACAUUACACAUGUCACUAUUGUGUUUCAGAUACGUUUUGUAAAAUAGAUUUUUUUUUGUGUUGCCUGUGAAGCAUAGCAAUACUUAGGGAUCACUUUGUCCAUUGUUUGUACACUCAUUUGUCCUUCUGUUGCACCAACUUUUCAUUUUUAGCAUGAUUAUUUCUUUUUUGCGACAAUCAUUGUUUCUGAUUCUUUGAUAUUUUAUAUUGACAUUUUUUUUUACCAACUUUAUCAAAUCUUUUAUCAGAGUGGUGACACAAAUUCUUAAUACAGAUGGGUAGGUACAUGUAUAUAUGUACACAUCCUGCAAAUUCCAUUUCUUUAAAUUUUUGAUGAUAAUUUGGUGUUAAAUCUAGGAUCUAGAGAGAGCACACAUAUCAUAUGUUCAAAAGGGAACUUUUCGUCAUGGCAAGACAAUUUCUGGGCACUUUCAUUGUAUCUUGCUAUGAUACACAUGUAGUAAUAGAAUAAUCAUUUAGACUCUUUAAAAAUUAAUAUCUGCUGCCUUGAUUUUAAACUUUUCAAUCAACCUUGUGAAAUAAAGAACAAUUGUUUAUAUUAACAAUUAUUUUUUUUAAAUUCAUAGAGAAAAAAGGGCAUGGUGCAAUGAAAAAGGGCAUGACACCAGCCAAAAAGGGCAGGGUGCAGCGCCAUGCUAGUUUGCUUUAGAUUUCACACUAUACUUUGUAACCUUUUAUCUUUGCAAACCUCAAUUUUUCAACACGUUUAUACUGAUUAUGAUUUUUUUUUUUUUUUUUUUUUACCUAAUCCUUUAGUUAUUAUAAAAAAAAAUUGUCAGGCUGAUGACAUAAAUCUUAUUUGUGCUUGUUACAAUGGUGUAUUAAGGAAUGUAUAGACAGAAUUUCCCAAUGGAAACUUAAAGUCAUAAUUAAUUAGGCUGUUCUUGUUCCUGUACAGUAUGCAUUGUUAUGUAUAUGUGUUGUGUGUGGAUUUUUUAAAGAUAAUGGUGCAUAUUGUGCUAAAUGGUUUGGAAAUAUUGGUCCAAGGAACUAUCAUGCACAUAUGUAUUAACUUUUUGAAGGCAAUAUGCUAGUGUUGCUAUGUAAAAUGUGAAUUGCAUUGUUUAAAAUUAUCAAGUAUUUGAUCUCAAUGCAUUUGGUCUUCUUGUCGCCAAGGGUGAAAAUAUGCUGUUAUUUUGAUAGAACCAGGAUGACACAUUAAAAUGUAUCUUGUAGUUCCACAGAAUUUGGAAACAAAGGGUGCAAUAUUAAAUUUAAGAAAAUUAGGUACCGGUAGAUAUUGGACAUAAAUUCAUAAUGCAUAAUGAUUAACAAGAGCAAAUACAUGUAUAUUGCACAAUGCUGACAAAGCUACAGGAUCCCCCUCCCCCCCCCCCCCCCCCCCCCUUUCUCUCUCUCAUAAUUUUUAUUAUAUUCUCUAUUCACAUGGUAUAAAUAUAGUUAUGUGAAAUUAUAAAGCCAAUGUCUUCAGAUUCAUACGUGUUUUAGCUUUUGUUAUUGUUAGAGUAUUCUUGACUCAGCUUGUCAACAUUGGUCUCUUUAACUUUGGACCAUGCCAUGUUUAUUAAAAGUUGUAUAAAAGUUUGA